AUAUGUAUACUUAUAGGUAGUAGGUACAGUCCAGUCGGUUUUGUUGAUCUAGCGGGUUUUCCGCUAUUUUUACUAUACUUAGUAUAUCAAAAAAUGACAGCGAUAGAAGAAACACAUACUUAAAUAAAUGAAGAAUAAUUAGCGUAAAUUCAAACUGAACACAGGACAUUUAUAUUUAGCCGAAAGACCGGAAAAAACACAGUGACACCGCAACCACAAACCGGCGAUUCAUAACCUUUCUGGAGAACCCACAUAUUUUGUAGCUUAUAUAAAGUUGCAAACAAGUCUCUAACGGUGACUCAACGAACUUUAUUUUAAAUAAACGUGCGGUUUAUUUGUGUUUAGUUCUUUCCAAACUCGCUUGUGCCAGCAGUUGUGUAUUUUCUCGAAUUCUCAUUGAGCAAGACUUUCUUCUGCAGUAUAGCCUCAAAGAUGUCAACAAAUGCAGAAGAUCAGUUUUUCCAAGCAGCAAAACAACUGGUUCCAGUUUUGUCCAAUGCUAAGCACAAGGGUCAAGCUGGAAGAAUCGGAAUAGUAGGAGGUUCAUUGGAGUACUCUGGUGCUCCUUUUUUUGCAGGCAUGAGCGCUCUCAGGACUGGCGCUGAUCUUGUGCAUAUAUUUUGCUGCAAAGAAGCAAGUAUUCCCAUAAAGUCUUUCAGUCCAGAACUCAUCGUUCAUCCAGUUUUGGAUGAUAACAAUGCAUUAAGUCAAAUUGAACCGUGGCUAGAGCGUCUUCAUGUCAUCUUGAUUGGCCCAGGAUUGGGCAGAGAUCAAAAGGUUUUGAAUACUGUUGGAAAGUUAAUAGAAGUAUGUCGUGGAGUAUCUAAACCUUUAGUAAUCGAUGCAGAUGGUCUAUUUUUAGUUGGACAGAAUACGCAAUUGAUAAAAAAUUAUCCCAGUGUUGUACUCACUCCUAAUUCCAUGGAAUUUACCAGAUUGGUAAAAGCAUUUUUGAAUAAGACUGUUGAGCCAGAGAAAGUCGUUGAUGGAAAACUUUUGAAAGAAUUAGCCCAAACGAUCGGCGAAAAAGUAGUCAUUCUGCACAAGGGCAGCACCGACGUGAUAGGAGACGGUCGUGCAGUUAGCACCAACAUUUCCUGCUCGGAAGCAGGCUCGUUUCGUCGCUGCGGUGGUCAGGGCGACCUUCUUUCAGGAGCGCUUUCGACCUUCACCUGCUGGUCUCAAGGUCACGAGCCUAGUGAGCCAACACCACAGAUGCUCGCCUGCUACGCGGCUAGUCGCCUGGUUAGAGAAUGCAAUAGUGCCGCGUUCAAGAUUGGAGGUAGAGGAAUGCUCGCCUCGGAUAUGUUGCACCAGGUCGCGCCUACCUUUGCCAAGUUGUAUGAGACGUAAUCAAAUAUAUCCAAGUUUUUUACUAUUGCGUGAUCAACUUUGGGUUAAUAUGGUAAACCAAAGAAUUAGGUGUGAUUUAGAUUGUACAUACAUAUCUUUAUAAGUGGGCCGGGUUAUGAGGAGGCAUUUUACUCUCGGAAUAUGCGUUUUAAAAGUUUUACACAGUUUAUAAAAAUUAUCGAGUGUAAAAAUAUUUUGUGAUAUAUGUAGGUCAAAUAUAUUUUCAAAGUUAAAUAAUUAACACACAGUUUUACGAGCGUAUAACUUUAUUUUAUGAUCACUUCUUGGCACUUAAUAUUAAUUCAAUUUAUAAUUUUUUUUUUUUAAUUCGCAACAAAAAUUUCUUAAGAUUUAUUCAAUCGAAAUCGUGCUUUUCGGAUAUUGACAAAAAAAAAGUAAAAUCAUAUAUACACGUUACGAUGAGCAAUAAUUUGACAUCAUUAUUACCGUGAAACGAAUUUCACUGAAAAAAGCUCGUGUCUUUUAAACCUUUUGUUUUUCAGUUAUUAUUAUUAUCGUUAAGCGCUACGGAAACAAAAUAUCUGCACUUACGGUUGAGAGAAUCUACAAAAUUAACGAUUAAAAUACUGCUAACUUCCGUCACGGCAAAAUUAGAUUCAUCCGUGCAUAUAUUAAUUUAUAAGGGUAUAAUCACUAAAUCUCACGUGGUAAAAAUAAUCGUUGUUGUUUGCUUAUUACAUAAUACUCUGGCUACGAUGAAAUCAACGGUCGAAAAUUCAAGUGCGUCGUCCCAUAUUCUCACAAAGAUUUUUGUAACAAGUAUCCCUUAAACUUAAAUACUACGUUGGUAAUACAAUUUUCGUUAUCCAGUCUUAACAUAAUUUUUUUAUAAUGACUGAUUGGUACGUCAAUUUUUUUGCGAUAUCGAUGUUAAGACCAGAUUAAACAAUAAAAUAUUAUGGCUUGUCAACCCUGGACUUUUAGCCAAAAGCAUAGUUAAAUGUAAGAAAAAAAACGAUUAUGAUGCGUUAAGUCUGUAAAAAAAAGAUUGCAACGUUUCAUUUAAGUAAUUGCACUGUCUGAAGUACAAAGUCCCCAAAUAAAAAAAUCAACAUAUUGCGCUUCUCAAUAAUCAGAAGAAAACGGGAUCUUGUACUUCACACGUAUAGUUACUUUAUAAAAGCAACUUACGCCUACCAGUUAUAUUCAAGUUUACGCUUCCUAAAUAGUUCUAUGUAUAAAUUAUGGGCUUUUUAAGUUCAGCAGUUUUGCGACAAAACUCUUUCUAUAUAUAAUUAUCUUGUCGGUAUAACUCCACAAAUAUAUAUAUAGGAAUAAAAGAGAUUCAUUUACGUCGAAACGCUUUUCUCUGUCAGCUAAUAAAGUAUAGUUGUCAGAAAAAUAUCGAUAUAGCUUCUCUAAGUUUACAUUUGGAACAAUUUGUUAUUCUCACUUAUAGUUGUAUGUUAUGUAUGUUUUCGUUCACUGGUGUGUCGGUUAAGAUUUGGGCGGCAAAGGCGAUUCAUAUAAUUGCGAACCAAAUAAAAUGCUAUACGAGUUUGGUAUAACUAAAAAAUUAACUUUUGAUUUUCAACAGCUAUAAUAUAUAGGUCUCAGUCACAACUAAUCAUACUCGCAUUUUGAUUUUAAUAAUUGCUCAACGCUAAAACUUACGAAAAAUUCAAUAUUCAGAUAUAAAAUUUAUGUCAGAGCAAAAAUCUGUUCGACCGACGUGUGUGAUACGCUCGCGUUGCAGUCCUGCACGUAUAUAGUUCUUAAAAAUUGACGUUUCUCGUUGCGCAAGCAUCUACUUACAAAGACAACUCAAUUGCUUAUCAUCGUUUUCAUGUCGGAAAACACUCUCAGUCGAAAUGAAAUCACGAAGCUAUAAGAUUUCGAUGAAAACGUCGGUUAAACAGAAAUGAAUAAAGUUAUAAAAUUAAAAUAAAAA